AUGGGUAUCUCACGGCGUCCCAAGGACAAGUCUGCCCGCAAUGCUCAGCAAGGAGCCUCUGGCGGCGGCAGCGCCAAACCGAAAAAGGCCACCUUCGACACCACCAAGAAGAAGGAGAUUGGUGUCUCCGAUCUGACUUUGCUCAGCAAGGUGUCCAACGAGGCCAUCAAUGACAACCUCAAGAAGCGAUUCGAGGGCGCCGAAAUCUACACAUACAUUGGCCACGUAUUGGUCUCCGUCAAUCCCUUCCGCGACCUAGGCAUCUACACAGACCAGGUCCUCGACAGCUACCGCGGCAAAAACCGCCUGGAGAUGCCGCCCCAUGUCUUCGCCAUCGCUGAAUCCGCCUACUACAACAUGAAGGCUUAUCACGAAAACCAAUGCGUCAUUAUUUCCGGCGAAUCAGGUGCAGGAAAGACCGAGGCCGCCAAGCGCAUCAUGCAGUACAUUGCCAACGUCUCCGGCGGACAGUCCGGCGAUAUUCAAAAAAUCAAGGACAUGGUGCUGGCUACCAACCCUUUGUUGGAAUCUUUUGGUAACGCCAAAACGCUGCGAAACAACAACUCGUCGCGAUUCGGCAAGUACCUCCAGAUCUACUUCAACUCCACUGGCGAGCCUGUUGGUGCCGACAUUACCAACUACCUGCUCGAAAAGUCCCGUGUCGUCGGCCAGAUUACCAACGAGCGAAACUUCCACAUCUUCUACCAAUUCACCAAGGGCGCUUCCCGUCAGUACCAAGAGCUCUUUGGCAUUCAAAAGCCCGAGACCUACCUCUACACCAGCCGCUCAAAGUGCUUAGACGUCGACGGCAUUGACGAUCUCGCCGAAUUCCAGGAUACUCUCAACGCCAUGAAGGUUAUUGGCCUGUCACAGGAAGAGCAGGACGAGGUCUUCCGUGUAUUGGCUACCAUUCUGUGGGUCGGCAACAUUCAGUUCCAAGAGGAUCAGAGUGGCUAUGCAGAGGUGCGCGACAGCUCCGUCGUUGACUUUGCUGCCUACCUACUUGAAACCACCCCGGAGCAGCUCGUCAAGGGCAUCACCAUCCGCAUUCUUACUCCCCGAAACGGUGAAGUCAUCGAGUCUCCCGCCAACCCCGCGCAGGCCGCGGCUACUCGUGACGGCUUGGCCAUGGCCCUGUACAACAACCUCUUCGACUGGAUUGUUGCCCGCAUCAACAAGUCGCUAAAAUCUCAGCAAGCCACCGCUAACGCUGUUGGAAUUCUGGAUAUCUACGGCUUCGAGAUUUUCGAGAAGAACAGUUUUGAGCAGCUCUGCAUCAACUACGUCAACGAGAAGCUUCAGCAGAUUUUUAUUCAGCUGACUCUGAAGACUGAGCAAGAAGAAUAUGCCCGUGAGAAGAUUCAAUGGACGCCUAUUCAAUAUUUCGACAACAAGGUCGUCUGCGAACUGAUCGAGCAGGUACGCCCUCCUGGUAUUUUCUCCGCCAUGAAGGAUGCCACCAAGACCGCACAUGCCGAUCCUGCCGCUUGCGACCGCACCUUCAUGACCAGCAUUAACGGCAUGAGCCAUGCCCACUUGACGCCUCGACAAGGCAACUUCAUAAUCAAGCACUACGCUGGUGACGUCGCUUAUACUGUUGAUGGCAUUACGGACAAGAACAAGGACCAGCUUCUCAAGGGUCUGCUGAACCUUUUCCAGAAUAGCAACAACAAGUUCAUUCACUCGCUUUUCCCCCAGCAAGUUGAUCAGGACAACAGGAAGCAGCCUCCUUCUGCUGGCGAUCGAAUUCGCUCUUCGGCCAACGCGCUGGUAGAGACUUUGAUGAAGUGUCAGCCGUCAUACAUUCGAACAAUCAAGCCCAACGAGAACAAGUCGCCUACCGAAUACAACAGCCCCAACGUUCUUCAUCAAAUCAAAUACCUCGGUUUGCAAGAAAACGUCCGAAUCCGUCGUGCUGGUUUCGCCUACCGCCAAUCAUUUGACAAGUUUGUUGAUCGUUUCUUCCUGCUGUCUCCCGCGACAUCCUAUGCCGGCGAGUACACUUGGCAGGGAUCGUACGAGGAUGCUGUCAAGCAGAUUCUCAAAGAUACCAGCAUCCCCAAAGAAGAGUGGCAAAUGGGUGUUACCAAGGCUUUUAUCAAGGCGCCCGAGACGUUGUUUGCUCUGGAGCACAUGAGAGACAGAUAUUGGCACAACAUGGCCACUCGUAUUCAAAGAAUGUGGCGAGCGUAUCUUGCCUACCGUGCUGAGAGUGCCACUCGUAUUCAGCGCGUAUGGCGCAAGAAGAGGACUGGUGCUGAAUACUUGCAGCUGCGUGACCACGGUCACCGCAUCCUCCAAGGUCGCAAGGAGCGUCGCCGGAUGAGUAUUCUUGGCUCGCGUCGCUUCCUGGGAGACUAUCUGGGAGUCAAUGCUUCGGUUGGUUUUGGUGCUCAAGUCCGACAAGCUGCGAACCUGGGCAACAACGAGCGAGCAGUCUUUUCCUGCCGUGCCGAGAUUCUGGAAGCCAAGUUUGGUCGUUCCAGUAAGCCCAGUCCUCGCCUCAUCGUCGUCACCAACAGCAAAUUUUACGUCAUUGCACAGGCACUUGUCAGUGGACAACCACAAAUUAUUGUCGAAAAGGCCAUUCCCCUUGGCGCCAUCAAGUUUAUAGGAGUUUCGACGGCUCAGGACGACUGGUUCUCGCUGGGUGUUGGCUCUCCUCAGGAGCCCGACCCUUUGAUGAACUGCAUCCUGAAGACUGAGCUGUUCACCCAAAUGCAGCGCGUUAUGCCUGGUGGAUUCAACCUCAAGAUCGCAGACACCAUCGAAUACGCCAAAAAGCCCAACAAGAUGCAGCAGGUACAGGUACUGAAGGACUCUCAGCAGCGCGCCGACUUUUACAAGAGUGGCGCGAUUCAUACCACGCGUGGAGAACCCCCCAACUCUGCAUCACGACCUACGCCGAAGGGCAAGCCGGUUCCUCCUCGGCCAAUCACUCGCGGCAAGCUUAUCCGUCCUGGUGGUCCCAGCGGACGUCCCUCAAGAUUGCAGGCCAACAGAAAAGCUCAGCCUCUCCCCUCAGCAGGUAGACGCUCCGUACCUCAACCGCCAUCUGUCAUCUCCGCCACCCCUACUCCGGUUGCUGCCGCCGCGCCAACACCUGUUGCUCGACAGCCCGCCGCCCAACCCGCUGUCCAGCGCGUUCUCCCCAGUCAUACAAGAAACAACUCCGGGGCUGGGAGAGCACCGCCUCCUCCGCCACCUGCCGCGCCGCCGGCGAAGCCCAAGGUCAUGGCCAAGGCUCUGUACGACUUUGCUGGCAGUAGGGAUAACGAGCUCACCAUUACUGCUGGCGAGCUGAUUGAGAUUGUUCAGAAGGAAAACAACGGAUGGUGGCUAGGAAAGAACGCUGGCGGCCAGGCUUGGGUUCCCGCCGCCUACGUAGAGGAGCAAGCCUCUGCGCCACCGCCCCCUCCGGUCAAAGCAAAACCCGCGCCGCCCGCGCCGCCCGCGAAGCGACCAGCUGCUGCUCGCAAGCUAGACGUAGCCCAGCGCGACUCGGGUAUGAGCCUCAACGGCGCGAACGGAUCCGACACGAGCCGCAGCAACACGCCCACGCCCAGUCUCGGCGGCAGUCUGGCGGAUGCCCUGCUGGCGAGGAAGAAUGCGAUGCAGAAGCGAGAGCAAGAGGAUGACUGGUAA